UGCGGGAGAGUUGCUACUUUGGAUGUGACAGCCAUCCCGGUUAAGCCGUGAUGAGCGUUUCGGGACCUGAUAAUCGAGCUGGGGGUCAGAAGAGGAACGUGUCCAGUGAUGAGCAUCUGCUCUUGUGGAAGACAGCAGAAAAUGAAGUCCCAGGGGUUAGUAUCAUUCAAAGAUGUGGCUGUGGAUUUCACCCAGGAGGAGUGGCAGCAAUUGGAUCCUGCUCAGAGGACCCUGUAUAGGGAUGUGAUGCUGGAGAACUUCAGCCAUCUGGCCUCAAUGGGACAUCCAGUUUCCAAACCAGAUGUCAUCUCAAAGUUGGAACAAGGAGAAGAUCCAUGGAUCAUAAAGAGAGAAAUACCAAAUUGGAUCUAUCCAGAUGGAAAUCAUGCACAUGAGAGACAAGGAAAGAAGAGUAACCUUCAUAACUCUCAAUCAUAUAUUUUGAAGACUGUUUCCUUCCAUAAUAAGAUACUGAGAGGAGUCACAAAAGAUGGAUCAUUUUACUCCAUAUUAAAAGUCUGCCAACGAGAUAGCCAGCUGCAGAGUUGUCAGGGAAAUCAAGACAAACUUUUCAGGCAAGUCACAUUUGUCAGUAGCAAUAUAGCAACUGAGGCAUCGGGUCAUAAAUAUAAUGCAUUUGGAAGAGUAUUUGAUGAGUACAUAGAACAAGAUACAUCAGAACAAAAACUUCACAAAUAUAAUACAUUUGAAAAGAACUUAAAACCAAAUAUUGGCCUACCAAAUUUUUAUAAGGGUAAUUCAAGAAAAAACCUUAAUGAGAGUUUGGGCUUUGGAAAAUUAUCUAGUCACAGUGCAUCCAAUUCUGAUCUUGAGAGAAUUCACAAUGGGAUAAUACUCUGUGAUGAUGAUCAAUGUGAAAACAUUUUCAGCAAUAAACAAUCCCUUAUCCAAUAUCAGAAUGUUGAAACUAAGGAGAAAACCUGUGUCUGUAUUACAUGUGGAAAAGCAUUUGCUAAGAAGUCACAGCUUAUUGUACAUCAAAGAAUUCAUACUGGAAAGAAACCAUAUGAUUGUGGUGCAUGUGGAAAGGCCUUCAGUGAAAAGUUUCAUCUCAUUGUACACCAGAGAACUCACACUGGGGAGAAACCUUAUGAAUGUUCUGAAUGUGGGAAAGCCUUCUCUCAAAAAUCAUCCCUCAUUAUACAUCAGAGAGUUCAUACUGGGGAAAAACCAUAUGAGUGCAGUGAAUGUGGGAAAGCCUUCUCCCAGAAAUCACCCCUUAUUAUACAUCAGAGAAUUCACACUGGAGAGAAACCUUAUAAAUGUAGAGAAUGUGGGAAAGCAUUUUCCCAAAAGUCACAACUUAUUAUACAUCAUAGAGCUCAUACUGGAGAGAAGCCAUAUGAGUGUACUGAAUGUGGAAAAGCCUUCUGUGAGAAGUCCCACCUCAUUAUACAUAAAAGAAUUCACACUGGCGAGAAACCCUACAAGUGUGCUCAAUGUGAAGAAGCCUUCAGCAGAAAGACAGAACUCAUUACACAUCAGUUAAUUCAUACUGGGGAGAAGCCCUAUGAAUGUACUGAAUGUGGGAAGACUUUCUCCCGGAAGUCACAGCUCAUCAUACACCAGAGAACACAUACUGGAGAGAAACCCUAUACGUGUAGUGAAUGUGGUAAAGCCUUCUGUCAGAAAUCACAUCUCAUUGGACAUCAGAGAAUUCACACUGGAGAAAAACCCUAUGUGUGCACUGAAUGUGGGAAAGCCUUCUCUCAGAAGUCUCACCUCCCAGGACAUCAGAGAAUUCAUACAGGGGAGAAACCUUAUAUGUGUGCUGAAUGUGGAAAGGCCUUUUCCCAGAAGUCAGACCUUGUUUUACAUCAGAGAAUCCAUACUGGGGAAAGACCCUAUCAAUGUGUGAUAUGUGGGAAAGCCUUCAUUCAGAAGUCACAACUCACUGUACAUCAGAGAAUUCAUACAGCCAUAAAAUCUUAA